CCAUAUAGAUUCAAUGGAAGACAGUAAUGUCACUGCCUGCAAUGAUAUGGACACGAAGAUAAACGCCAUUCUUACCAUCAUUGUACAAGAUGGAGAUACAUUCGCCAAGAGGGCCGAGAUGUACUAUCAAAAGCGACCCGAGCUCAUCGAGAGGGUCGAAGAGUUGCAAAGAUCGUACCGGUCGUUAGCUGAGAAGUAUGACCAAUUGAGAUCCCAAGGACUGCAAAACUAUGUUCAAGGACAUGAGGAACUUAACAGAGUCCAUUAUUCUAAUUUGCAUCCCAAGUUCACUGCCGAAGACACUGAUCAGGAGAUCGAAUUCAAUCAAGAUCCCUCGAAUUCGAUCAAGAUGAAAAAGGUCGAUAAGCAAAAGAACAUCAAGUUCCAGCGCAAUAUAAGUGAUGGUUCUCUACUAAUGGAGAACGAGAAGCUGUGGAAUGAACUGAGGUUCAAGGUCUCGGAACUGGUAGAUGAUAAUGCAAGCCAGCAGACCGAGUUCAUAAAGAGAAAUGACAACGGGAAGACGCCGGAAUUAAGCGAUAAAGUUGGUAAGAAAACUUGGUUUCGAUUAUCAUGGCUGAAGAGAGUGUUGUGUGGAAGGAGUAUGGAAUCAUAUGGAACUUAG